AUUAACAAGAUUUACUUUUCAUCUGUUUCCACUUCUCCUCCCAAGUUGCUUGGAAACUCAUAGGGUUGAAGGGGGCUCUGGUUUUUAUUUCAGAGCCGCCUCUCUGCUUUUUUCUUCUUCAUUCACCAUUUCUUAUUUAUUAUCUCUACAUCAUCACAGCAGAUAGACUCAUCACCAGCACACCAGCAGAUUCAAAAGGUAUCUUGCUGUUCUGAAUUUUGAAGCCCUCAUAUGAUAACUACCAACUUCAGUGAGAUACCAGUCACCGUAUCUAUAAUUCUACGGAGGAGGUCAAACCCAUGGUUAGCUUAGAAAACGGUGAUUGUUGCCAGAUUUCUGCUAUAUGAGUGGCUUAUUUCAGAAUAGAGAAAAGUAGCUUACCUGCUUGGAAGAAGGAAAACAAAGGUCAACAUCUGUCUGGGGACAGGUGGAAGAUAAUGUUGACCCGCUAAGAUGGAGCUGACAAUAUUUAUUCUCUGAGAUUUAUCCCCCAUUCUUCUGUAGUUUUCAGUUCGUCCACAAUUUUGGACGGUAAAGUUUGGCAUCACAUUUUUUAUGCAAAUAAUGUUAAGGAGUAAGCAGAUCGGUCCCCUUACCCAGUGUGCUAGGUCAUUUUUUGUUAGUGGUACUCGAGGCGGAGCAGACGGAAGUCCUUGUCCUCACCCCGAAGAUGACACUUAUCCUCCGAGGAAGCAGCUCAGAAAUAACGGAAUUUUUCUUCCACAUAAGGAUUCCACCUUAGGUUCCAGAUCUUCAGUCAGUGAUGGAGCUACACUUUCUGGAGAUGCAAUUGGAACAAUUGGCUGUAAGACUGAGAAUGGUGCUAAGCCAGCUGCCACACAUGUUCUAUCUGUUCAGAGCCCUUCAUUGAGAUUGGGUUCUGGGAGUUCUGUAGUGAAUGAUGUAUGUGCUAUUCAGAAAGAUCACAUUCCUUCAACUGCUCAUGUUUCAGAUCAGUUUGUCAAAGCUGGCAUUGCUGCAGUUAGCCUUUUAUCCGACUUGGUAAAUUACAAGCUUCCUGUAUCAGAUGGGAAAGAGGUACUUCACAACACCACAAACUACAUGCUUGAUCCUUCAAGGCCCAUCUCCAGCAUAAGACCAUCCAACAUAAAACCAGUGAAAAGAGAGAGUUUUGUCACUGUUGAUAGAAAACCAACUGUUGUUGAGAUAGGACGUGGUACAGCAUCUAAUGUUUGUUCCGACGUUCCAAAAGUUAAAUCAGAAAAGUUUGCUCCAGUGAAGACUACAAGUACAAACCAUAGUUCAAGUAAGGGUAUCCAGAAUAAUUCAGUUGAGAAUCUGAAUGUACCUUCUGGUACUAGAUAUCGUCAGAGGCAAUACGUGCAACAGAAAUCUAAACUUACUUCAUACCAUGCUGUUUCAAAUUCUAAGACUGGACAAGCAUCAGAACCCAAGCCUGCAGGAAGUACUUCCGAAAGUGUUAGAUCUGGUUCAGAUAAUGUUCAGAAGCCUUCAGUGCGUGCAAGGACACCAACAGGUUUUACCCCAUUGGCUAGGCAUAAUGUGAACACCAAACAUGCUGUAGAGCGUGUUUCUAACAUUUUACAGCAGUGCAAGUGGGGACCGUCUGCAGAAGAGGCAUUAGAGAAACUCAACUGUUCGUUGGAUCCUUAUCAAGCCAAUCAGGUCCUUAAACAGCUACAAGAUCAUUCAAUUGCUAUAGGUUUUUUCAACUGGUUGAAAAGUCGUCCUGGAUUUAAACAUGAUGGGCAUACUUACACCACAAUGGUUGGCAUACUUGGACGUGCUAGAAAAUUCGCUUACAUAAACCGAUUACUUGAUGAAAUGGCCAGAGAUGGGUGCUUACCAAAUGUGGUAACUUAUAAUCGUCUCAUUCAUAGCUAUGGUCGUGCAAAUUACUUGAAUGAAGCAUUAAAUGUUUUUCAUCAGAUGCAAGAAGUGGGCUGUGAACCAGAUCGAGUUACCUACUGUACCCUUAUUGACAUCCACGCGAAAGCAGGUUAUCUAGAUGUUGCAAUGGACUUGUACGAGAGGAUGCAGUUGGCAGGUCUCUCACCUGACACGUUUACGUAUAGUGUUAUUAUCAACUGUCUUGGGAAAGGUGGGCACUUGGCUGCUGCUUACAAGCUCUUCUGCGAGAUGGUUUCUCAAGGUUGUGUUCCCAACCUGGUCACAUACAAUAUCAUGAUUGCUCUUCAAGCCAAGGCAAGAAACUACCCAUGUGCACUAAAGAUUUAUGGGGACAUGCAAACUGCUGGAUUCCAACCUGACAAAGUUACAUACAGUAUUGUCAUGGAGGUACUUGGGGUAUGUGGAUAUCUGGAUGAAGCAGAAGCUGUAUUUUCAGAAAUGAAGCAGCACAAUUGGAUUCCAGAUGAACCUGUUUACGGUAUUUUAGUUGAUAUGUGGGGUAAGGCUGGACAUGUUGAUAAAGCUCGAGAAUGGUUUCAAGCAAUGCUCAAUGCAGGCCUCCGUCCUAAUGUCCCUACAUGCAACUCUUUGCUCAGUGCUUUUCUCCGAAUGCAUCGGUUAGCUGAUGCCUAUGAUCUGCUCCAAAGUAUGUUGAGAUUUGGUCUGCACCCAAGUCUUCAGACCUAUACGCUGCUCCUCAGCUGCUCUACUGAUACAACAUUUCGUAUUGACAUGGGUUUUUGCUGGAAACUCAUGGCAGUUACUGGCCAUCCUGCCCAUGCAUUUCUUGUAUCAAUGCCGUCAUCAGGACUCGAUGGUGGACUGAACGUGCGGCAACAUGCAAGCAACUUCUUCGACUUGAUGCACAGCGAGGAUAGAGAGAGUAAAAGAGGGCUUGUUGAUGCGGUGGUAGAUUUCCUUCAUAAGUCUGGUCUUAGAGAAGAGGCAGGAUCAGUUUGGGAGGUAGCGGCUUUGAAAAAUGUGUACCCAGAUGCAGUUCGAGAGAAGAGCUCCUGCUACUGGCUUAUAAACCUUCAUGUUAUGUCCAAUGGAACUGCAAUUACAGCAUUGUCAAGGACUCUUGCUUGGUUUCGUAAGAAGAUGAUUGCAUCAGGUAUCGGACCAAGCAGAAUUGAUAUUGUUACAGGCUGGGGCCGGCGGAGCAAAGUCACUGGAUCUUCUUUGGUCAGAGAGUCCGUUCAUGAGUUGCUGGAUAUGUUUCAGUUUCCAUUUUUACCCGAAAAUGGUAACUCAGGGUGUUUUGUAGGCAGCGGGGAUUCUCUCAAUCGAUGGUUGUACCAACCUUGUGUUGAGCGAAUGCACUUACUGUAGCUAGCAACCGAUCUUCACCGGUCCCUUCUGCUCCUUCCUCAAAAAACAUGACAUUUGCAUCCAUACAGCGUUCUCCAUCAUUUCCUUCAUAAACAUUAGCUUCAUCCCUUAAAUACUCUGCAUAUUCCUCUUCUGUCAAGCUAUCCAAAUACAGAAGAUGAGACCACUGCAAACAUUUAUUAUCAUCAUGGUCAAUAACGAAGCACUUUGAGCAAAUCUUUUUUGGUUGUAACUCCUAAUGAUAUCUGAUCCAGACUUUCUCAUUAUUGGCCGUAUUCCACCAUCCUCCCCUAUGCAAGGGAUCAUUAAGUUUCAUAUCUAUUCUAGCUUUGACUGUGUUGCCAUAUCUAGGCCUGCAUUUUGCAGGAUGUGUGGAAAUAUUGUUACCCAUGAAUCCUAUCGCUUCAUCAACCAAAAUGUUGUUAAGAUGUUCUAGUUUCAAGUACUUGAAUUGUACUGUGAAAACUUGAUGAGUGAACUUGUAGUCGGCAACAUGGGUUCCAUUUGUAUACUUUUGAACAACAAAAAGAGUUUCACCUACCAACCAUGGUCCGUUGUUGAUAACUUCAUCUCUCUCCUCUUCUGAGUUCAGUCGAACCAACAUUAGGUUAUGACCCAUUACUCUUAUUUGUUUGUUUCUGUAGUUUCUCCAAAGAGAGUUUAUCUCCUGCCUUAUGAUUCUCAUAUCUAUCUUAUGCUUCCAUAUUAACUUGCCUAGUAUUCCCAAAGUCCAUUCAUCAGCAGCAUCUUGGACCACUUGUGAGGCACCAACCGUUCUUCUUAUUGCUGGCAGUUCAAUGUUUGCCCUCCUAAGUUGUCUUGAUAAUUGGUUGAUUGGGUUUGCUGAGUAUUGAGCCAUGAGUAUUUUCCUUUUGAGAUUUCCAGAGGUGUAGAUGGUUAUCUUUGAGAAAAGGCUGUAAGUAGGGUUUUGAGAUUUUCCUGCAGUAUUUAAGCAAUGUUUUUCUUCUUGUGUGGAGACUUUCCUUUGAUGAUAAGUCUCGAUCCUAAAAUGCAGGAUAAUAUUUUUGCAUAAUAAUUGACCGAAGAUUUUUGUUA